GCCCCACACCCGCAGCCGCAAAAUCCCCAAUCGCCUCGCCUACCUCCGCACGCGCCUUCGAGCCCUAGCUCCGGCGACGCCUCCAAAUCCGGCGGCCUCCUGCGGCGAAAUCGGCCGCUCCUUCCCUGGGAGCCGCGCUCCGGCGCCUCCGAUCCCCGGCUUCCUGUACCCGAGUUCUCCGUUUGCGCUCUUCCCUCGUCGGCGUCUCAAGGAUUUGCGCCGUCUCCAGGCUUCGACUCCGUCCGCCUGUAUUCGAAGGGAUCCGCUGAUCGCCCGUCGCCGAUCGCCUCCUCGUAGAUCGAAUUUGAUCUGUAUCUCUCUCUCGUUGCGAUUUUGUGUAUUUCAUCUGAGGAAAAAAAAAAUCCAGGCCAUCUCUUAAAAAUUGUAAGAAAGAGAGGCCUUUUAGGGCAAAAAAGAGAGAAUCGCGAUCCAUCAUGGGUGUUGUGUAUUACAAAUAUAAGAGUGCAAAGGAAAUCUAUUCUAUGCCUGUGCCGCAUGCUUUUAUCUCCGUCUCUGAACUCAAGCAGCAUAUCUUGAUGAGCGAUCGGCACGGCCGUGGGCGCACCCGCGGCCACGGCCCUAGGGAGGAUAUUGCCAUCUCCAACGCCCAGACUGGCGAAGAAUAUGGUGAAAGUGCCAUGGUACCGCAGAACACAACUGUGCUGGUUCACAGAACUUCUGGACAACUGUCGGAGAAAAUCACCUUGACCUCCUCGCGAAAAGUCACAGAAGGAUGUUCUGUACCUUCAAGCAAGUCAGUGGUUACUGACUCAAGCUGUAAAUCGGGUUCCUCCGCAGAAGUGCAAGAUGAAGAUGCUGCAAUCAAAGCAGUGAUUGAUGCGGCUGAACUCAAAUUGGAAGAGCAGCCAGGUAAAAGAGGACAAGCCAGUGGAAGGUUUUUAUCAGGGCGUUGUUAUGGUCAUGGACCAUUGGAAGGGGAGACACCUCCACUAGGCUAUGUCUGCCGCACUUGCGGAGUUCCAGGCCAUUUCAUUCAACACUGCCCACAGGAAAGCAAGACACCUCCACCAGGAUAUAUCUGCUACAGAUGCCGAAUCCCAGGGCAUUUUAUUCACCACUGCCCAAACAUUGGUGAUCCUGACUUCGACAAGAAUAAAAGGAGUCGGUCUCUUGCGCCAGUAGUAAAUGUAUGUCCUGUUGAUGGCAUUCUAGAAGCACUUGUCCCAGCUGCAUCGGUGAAUGCUGUUGAUGACUUGCCAGCAGAGCUCCACUGCCGACUGUGUAAAAAAGUGAUGAUAGAUGCAGUAUUGACAAGCAAGUGCUGUUUUGACAGUUUCUGUGAUAAAUGCAUUCGGGAUUACAUUAUUACGCAAUCGAAGUGCAUUUGUGGAGUCGUGGCGCUUGCAGAUGACCUCAUUCCCAAUCAAACACUUCGGAGCACAAUCAGCAAUAUGUUGGCCACAAAGGCUAGCAGUGGUACAACCAAGCACAGAAGUUCUUCAGGCAGCAACCCUGAUCCCAAAUUACAGAACCACACCCCUUCUGCUGCCUCAGAAAGGGAGAUGAAGCAAUCUACGGACCAGCACCUAUCAGCAGCAUCUGCACCUGACGAUGGACUCCAGGUUGCUGCAGAAGGUGAGCUAGUCAACCAGCCUCUAGAGAAAUUGGCAGCCAAUGUUGAUCCCCUGAGCAAAGAUGAAGGCAGUUCCGUAGAGCUGUCAGUAGAGAAGGCUGUAGCAAGUGCUGAAAUCCUCAAACCAAAAGAUGGAAGUGGAUCAACUUCGAAGGUCAUCACUGUUUCAGGUGCCCUAGAACAUAAUGCCACUAGGACAGAUCAACCGAAGAAGAAGCGGAAGAAGGCAGGCUCAACUAAGAUUGUUCAUCCUAACAAUGUUGACUAUGGUUAUAACGUUCCAUUUGACCCUGCAUAUUACAACCCUUUCGUCAGUGGAUAUCCUUGGGUAAAUGAACCAUAUAUGUAUGGCUCAAUGGGUAUGCCUUACGGUGUUUAUCCAAUGGGCCCAAAUGGUGUUAAUUCCAUCAACAGCAUGCCACCGCAGGCUCUUGCAAUGCAAGGCUAUCCAGCAAACCCACCACAGGCUCUUGCAAUGCAAGGCUAUCCAGCAAACCCACCACAGGCUCUUGUAAUGCAAGGCUAUCCAGCAAACUAUCACAGGCAUGAAACUCAGCCCACACUUCAUCGGGACACUGAAGCUGGCGCAAGGCGUUCAAGGCAGACUGAGAGACCCAAGGACACUGGUCUUCAGCCCCAAUUAUCAGAGCGCGAUCGACAGCGGGGCUCUUCUCAUGGUUCUGGGUCGAGGAACAGAAGGUCAAGCUUGGAGAGGAGGGACCAUGGGCGUUCUGAUGGAGCUUUUGAUGACUGCCAUGAGGAUCACUCUAGUAGGAAGAGGAUGCACGUUUCUUCUCGAAUCGAAGGUGACAAACAGAGCAGCCGGAGGUCGAGACACAGUUCGAAGAGUCUGACUUGUGAGGAUUCCGGCGACGAUGAGCGGAACUUCAAGAGGACAUGGGGGCACAGAUCAUCUGUCGCCGUGGAUACAAGGCGCUGAGUGAAGAUAGGACUUGGGAGGACCAAGUGCAGCAUUGCUGAUCCCCUAUGCUCGCCAAAAGAUUUCUUCUACUUGUAAUUGUAUGUAUGCCUCUGAAAGAGGAGGAGAGCUUCUCAGAAAACAGAGGAAAACUUGCAAUUUCCCCAGGCAAAAUGUAAUCAACAGUUGACAUACCAAACUGUACCGAUGAAAGCAUUGCCAGCUCUCGUCGUCUCUGUAAUGACAUCUCACCAAAUACGAAUGGAGUUUCUCUGGUUUUUGAGUUAUUUUGCA